GAAGUCAGGCACGCAGCUGGCAUGGGCCUCACAUGCGACUCGCCUCCCUGCAAUGUGAGAGAGGGGAGAGUGGCAGGGACUGGGGUGCGUGGUGCAUGGGACACUGGGGUGUUCCCCUUCCCCCCUUUUGCCCUCUGUCGCCUCUGCGCUGCGGCCGACCUCGUUGGUCUUGAGUCGAUCGGAUGUGGCGUCUGCCCCCUAGCGGGAGACGCCACUCUAGCAAGGGCAAGGAUGGCAAGGGGCGCGGGUGGAGCUAGCGGGGGUGGUGGAUCUGGUGGCGGUGGAGGCGGAGGAGGGAGUGGGGGUGGCGGUGGGAGUGGUGGCGGGGGUGGAGGUGUCGGUGGCAGCAGUGGAGGCGCAGGUGGCGGAGGUGGUAGCGGUGGAGCGGAGGCGGCUGUGGUGGCGGAGGUGGGGGAGGCGGUGGUGGAGGAGGUGGAGCUGGUCAGGGUGGUGCUUCGCAACGGAGCGGCUCCGGUGGUGGUCAGCGCCAGCAGCAAUAGCAGCAGCGUUCUCGGGACAUCCCCCCCCCUCCGCAGCUCCGUGAGUGGUACGCUGCACGUCAGCGUGGGGCUUCUCGCUCCUUCUUUCAAGACCGCACCACACUCACGCCGCUUGGUCGGCCGGUUGGAGUCUCCCUGGCAGACCCCUAUGGGGGUCCUGUCCUUGGUGAGUGGUGCUGACCUACAGGAUGCAGGGGCUUCACCAGUUUACUCCUGGGAGUCAGCGGGUGACCCGCUGCUCGGGACGCUCCUCAAGUACCAACCCCGUGAGUGCUAG